ACGGCGUGAGGCUCGCAGGCUGGAAACAAGCAAAAUGCGCAGCUCCGCGGUGCGCUGCUGAGUGUCGAGGAGCGGUCCGGAGCAGCAGAGCGCAACAAAACUGUUUAUUCUUCGGGAAUGCAGGGAAUUAAAUAGACUUUCAUUUUUUAUUUUUUAUUUUUUAUUUCUUUCCAUUUUUUGUGUGUGUGUCCGAACGAGCGCUGCCUGCGACCCAUCCGGAGAGAGGAGGCUCCAAGCGAAAGAAAGCCAUACUCCACAUUUCGUCAAGUCUUGAGUGGUGAUGUCUUGAAGCUGUGGCUCCCCCAGCCCAGUGAAGGACGUGCCAGUGCCAGGUGCUGCUAAUGGGAACUCCUGCUUCGCCAUGAGUGCUCGUGAUGGCGAUGGCGGCAUUGGUGGCAUGGGUACCUUGGGCCGGCGCCAGCGCUUUGAGAACUCCGAGUUCACUGUGCGCAUCUACCCGGGCGCCUUGGCCGAGGGCACCAUCUACUGUCCGGUUAGUGCCCGCAAGACCACCACAGCCGCUGAGGCCAUCGAACGUGUCAUCGAGCGCCUCCAUUUGGAUCGCACCAAAUGUUACGUGCUGGCCGAGGUGAAGGAGUUUGGUGGGGAGGAAUGGAUCCUCAACCCCACUGACUGUCCUGUGCAGAGGAUGAUGCUCUGGCCCCGUGUGGCGUUGGAGCAGCGUUCCUUCUCUGGCGGGGAGGACUACCGCUUCCUCCUGCGGCAGAAGAACCUCGACGGCUCCAUCCACUAUGGCGGCAGCCUCCAGAUGUGGCUGCGGGUCACCGAGGAGCGCAGGCGCAUGGUGGAACGGGGCCUGUUGCCGCAGCCCGAACCACAGGGGGACCACGCCGACCUGUGCCGCCUGCCAGAGCUCAACGAGCGCUCGCUGCUGGACAACCUGCGCUCACGCUUCCGCCAGGAGAAGAUCUACACCUACGUGGGAAGCAUCCUCAUUGUCAUUAACCCCUUCAAGUUCCUGCCUAUCUACAACCCCAAGUAUGUGAAGAUAUACGACAAUCAUUCGCUGGGUGAGCUCGAGCCACACAUCUAUGCGGUGGCGGAUGUGGCUUAUCACGCCAUGCUGCAGAGACAGAGGAAUCAGUGCAUCGUCAUAUCUGGAGAGAGCGGCUCUGGGAAGACGCAGAGCACAAACUUCCUCAUUCAUCACCUGACUGCUCUCAGCCAGAAGGGAUUUGCCAGUGGGGUUGAGCAGAUCAUCUUGGGAGCGGGACCAGUACUAGAGGCAUUUGGGAAUGCGAAGACGGCCCACAAUAACAACUCGAGCCGCUUUGGCAAGUUCAUUCAGGUGAACUACCACGAGAGUGGCACUGUGAGAGGAGCUUAUGUGGAGAAAUACCUUCUGGAGAAGUCACGGCUGGUCUACCAGGAGCACAAUGAACGGAACUACCAUGUGUUUUACUACCUGCUGGCAGGAACGAGCGAAGAGGAGCGGACGGCCUUUCACCUCAAGAAGCCUGAAGAAUACCAUUACCUCAAUCAGAUGACAAAGAAAGUGCACCGACUGCCCUGGGAGAGUUACCAUGAGAACGAGCCGGACUGCUUCACCGUAGAAGGAGAGGAUCUGAAACAUGACUUUGAGAGGCUGCAGCUGGCCAUGGAGAUGGUGGGCUUUCUGCCAGCUACACGAAAGCAGAUCUUCUCGCUGCUGUCGGCCAUCCUCCACCUGGGGAACAUCCGCUACAAGAGGAAAACCUACAGGGACGACUCCAUUGACAUCUGCAACCCAGAGGUGCUGCCUGUCGUCUCUGAGCUGCUGGAGGUCAAAGAGGAGAUGCUGUUCGAGGCUCUGACGACGCGGAAGACGGUGACCGUGGGAGAGAGGCUGAUUGUACCUUACAGACUUGCCGAGGCUGGUACGGUGCGGGACUCCAUGGCGAAGUCGCUGUACAGCGCUCUGUUUGACUGGAUUGUGUUCAGGAUCAACCACGCCCUGCUCAGCAAGAAGGACCUGGAGGAGAGCACCAAGAUCUUAUCCAUCGGCGUCCUUGACAUAUUUGGUUUUGAGGACUACGAGAGCAACAGCUUCGAGCAGUUCUGCAUCAACUUUGCCAACGAGCGUCUCCAGCACUACUUCAACCAGCACAUCUUCAAGCUUGAGCAAGAGGAAUACAGGGCAGAGGGCAUCAGCUGGCACAACAUUGACUACAUCGACAACACAGGCUGCAUCAACCUGAUCAGCAAGAAGCCCACAGCACUGCUCCAUCUACUGGAUGAAGAGUGCAACUUCCCUCAAGCUACCAACCAGACUUUGCUGGAUAAGUUUAAGCGGCAGCACGAAGGCAGCAGCUACAUCGAGUUCCCGGCUGUCAUGGAGCCUGCAUUCAUUAUCCAGCACUACGCGGGCAAGGUCAAGUACGGCAUCAAGGACUUCAGGGAAAAGAACACAGACCACAUGCGCCCGGACAUCGUGGCUCUCCUGAAGAGCAGCAAGAACGCCUUCAUCUGUGGGCUGAUCGGCAUCGACCCCUCGGCCACUUUCCGCUGGGCGGUUCUCCGAGCCUACUUCAGAGCCUUGGUGGCCUUCAGAGAGGCUGGGAAGAGACACACGCAGAAGAAGACUGGGCAUGAUGACGCUGCUCCCUGUGCAGUUUUGAAAAGUGUGGAUAGUUUUAGCUUUCUGCAGCACCCUGUGCAUCAGAGAAGCUUAGAGAUCCUGCAGAGGUGCAAAGAGGAGAAGUACAGUGUGUCCAGAAAGAGUCCGCGCACACCGCUGUCGGACCUGCAGGGAAGCAACACCGUCAAUGAGAAAUCACCACGGGAUUCUCUGGGCCUCGGCUGGAACGGCCGUGUGGGUCGACAGAGCCGCCAUUCGUCCAGCAGCUCCACCACAGAGGAAGAUGGCAUCUUUGUCAACUCCACCAGCAGCAAGCUCCUGGAGCGGGCUCACGGCAUCCUGAUGAGGAACAAAAACUACAAAUCUAAGCCUGUUCUUCCAAAGCACUUACUGGAUGUGAAGUCACUCAAGUACCUCAGCAACCUGACGCUCCACGACCGCAUCACCAAGUCUCUCCUUCACCUCCACAAGAAGAAGAAACCACCCAGCAUCAGCGCACAGUUCCAGGCCUCUCUCAAUAAGCUAAUGGAGACCCUGGGUCAGUCUGAGCCCUAUUUUGUCAAGUGCAUCCGUUCCAAUGCUGAUAAGCUGCCCAUGCGUUUCAGUGAUGCCUUGGUGCUGAGGCAGCUUCGGUACACAGGUAUGCUGGAGACUGUGCGGAUCCGCCAGUCAGGCUACAACAUCAAGUACACCUUCAAGGAUUUUGUCCAUCACUACCGUGUGUUGCUCCCAGAGGACACCAAAGCUACGCAGGAGAGCAUCCAGCGGUAUCUAGACCAGCAAGACCUGGCGCCAGCUGGAUACCAAGUUGGCCGAACAAUGGUGUUUUUUCGGGAAGCUGAGCGUCAGCAGCUGCAGGCCUCACUCCACAAGGAAGUCCUCAGGCUCAUCGUUGCACUGCAGCAGCGCUUCAGGGCCCGGCUUGAGAGGAGGCAGUUUCUCAGGAUGAGAGACGCUGCCAUCUGCAUCCAGCAAUGGUGGCGUAUUUAUCAGUCCAGAGAGGCGGAGGAAGAUGACCUUAAUAUUCAGGAGAGUGCAGCCUUGUGCCUUCAGACACAUUGGCGGGGGUACAAAGAGCGCCGGAGGUUCAGGCUCUGGAGGGAGGCUGCCCUGGUGCUCCAGAGGGCUUGGAGGUUAUGGCUCUAUCGACGUUGCACAGCAGCACUGGUUAUUCAGACAGCCUGGCGCUGUCAUCAAGCCAGAGAAGCCUACUUGCGCCUGUAUGACGCUGUGGUGCAACUACAGGCAGUGAGCAGAGGUUACCUAGCCAGACAGAGUUUCAAGGACCUGAAAGAGAAGAGGCUGAGGGAGAAACUAGAGCAGCAGGAGAAGCUGCUUCAGCUGCAGAAUGGCCAGCCAAUUCUCUCACCAGAAGAAGAGGAGGAGCCGCCAGAGAGAAUCAUGGGCCUGGACUUCAACACGUGGGAGGACCGCUCAUACGAGGAGCGGGAGAGGAGACUCCAAACAAUCAGCAACCUUGAGGGGGCAAUAAAGGAGGCACAGCAGGAAGGAACUGGAAGAGAAGAAGGCCUACAUGCAAGAUCAAGAGAGAGUAUAUAUAGACCACAUUUUGAAACACCGGCUUCACCCUCAAUAUCCACGGUGGUGGUUCGAGAGAGGGCCAGAAUUUUAGACGAACCUAGCCAGAAAACCACCAGGGCCAAGAGGGAGAGUCGGCGGAUGAGAGAGCUGGAGCAGGCCAAGUUCAGCCUGGAGCUCCUCAAGGUCCGGGCAACCAGUGGUGGGGCGUCUUCGCCCUCCGAGGAGAGGCGCUGGUCUGCAGAGCUAGUGCCUCCUGUCACUCCGCCUCUGCAUUCACCCCAGGGCACACCUGACAGCCAAAGCUCCAAGGGCAGCUUUGAGCUUCUCAGCAUGGAUGAGGAGCCACCUAGAGCUACAGUAGAAACAUUUGAUGAUGAAGGCCCUGACUCCCCUCUUUUAUCAGAGGCUUCAGCGCUGGAGCCUGAUGUAGACAUUUUCUCAACAAGCCCGAAGCCAGAAGAACUUCCCAGGACUGAGGUUUCUGAUGUUGUUGCUCCCCCAGGCAGCAAGGGCCAGCCCAAAACGGAUCUGGCAGCCCCCACUUACACACAUCCGCCCAAAAUUGAGAACUACCUCCCUACCUUUUACGUCCCUGCCAGUGAGGGCAGCUCAUUCAUUACUCCUCGUCCUGCUGAACCACCACAACCCACUGAGGCUGCUGUCUCCACAGCUACCACCACAUCCACCACCACCAUUACCAAGCCUGUCAAAGAAAGGCGAGAGUCAACACGGCGACCAGUGGUGGUGGUCAUCAGUAUGCAGAAAGAAACCCCACUAAGUGAAGAGUUGAGUGAUUUCAUCCGUCCCCCAGUAGAGCUUCGAGAUGAGGCAGCCCAGACAGGGGAGUUGACACCAUCACCACAGAAAGGAGGCCUUGCUCCUUUGCCUCAAAGUCCCGUCCCUGUUUCCACUCCUGUCCCUCAGGCUAAUCAGGCUGUCCUGGAGAAGCUGGUGAGAUUGAACGAGGAGAAGGAGGAGAGGCAGCGUAACCAACAGCAGCAGAACGAGAAAGAGAUGAUGGAGCAGAUAAGACAACAGAAAGAAGUACUGGAGAGACAGCGGCUUUUCUUCGCUCAGUAUGAGAGAGACAUGUUUGAGAAACAAAGGGGGGAGGCCUUGCACAGGAUACAGCAGAGUCGGCAGGGUGCAGCCAGUGCCGGACAAGAUGUAUUUGGUACCGCCACCUCCAGUAAGCCCCUCAGACCCAGCUCUCUGCUGAUUGAGAGAAAACUAGCACUAGCUCCUCAUGCAAGAACCCAUUCAGAUUCCACUGCUCCAUCAAAACAGUCCACGCCUGGAGUAGACAUCCAGGGCACUGCCCCUCAGCCCCAGCUGCCUCCUCCAGCAUCCUCUGCCCCUAAAGAGAGGCUCAAGGAGGGCAGGCCUGUUGUUGAUGGCUGGGCACCCAAACUUACCCUGGAGUCCAGAGAUAGAGGAGGAACCAGAGUGAGAGCACAUACCAAGAAGGCACCUGGUAAUCAGGGCACCACCGUUAAUAUGACUGACAAGCCAGGGAACAUCUUCUUCUCACCAAAGGACAGGGUGACAUUUGCUAAGUUUGACAGUGAUGCUGUCAGUCAAGAGAUGCCUGCAGUCAUUCCCAAAGAGGGACCCCCAUCAGUUGCCAAGCCCUCUAAAGGACCAAAAGCACGAGAGGUUGGCAGAGCGGGCCACAAAAAGAAAGCCCGAAUGGCACGGACCCGCUCCGACUUCCUCACCCGCGCCCCCAUUCUCUCGAUUGGGGGCGAUUCUGACGAGGAUGACUAUGACGGCGACAGCUCCCUCACUCCCCGACAUUACACGCUACCCCUCUCCAAACAGAGCUCCACUGAGACGGGCUUAGGAGAAUCCUGUUUCAGUGACUCUGAAAUGCCUGCAAGUCCUGGGGAGCAGACGAAGAUGCACAAAGCCAUGUCAUCAGGAGAUUUAGGCAAAGUGGACACACUACGCAAGAACACGCAAGAUGGAAGGGUUCGUGGUAAGAUGCGUUUUUGGGGCAAGACCAAGCAUGGGGAGAAGAAGGCGACCAGAGAAAAGCUGAUUUGUGGGGCUGAUUCCCUAGAUGGAGACUAUGGAGACACUGGGCCAUUGCUGGGCGAGGCAGGUCUGGAAAACAUGUCACCUCCCUGCAGUCCAGACCUGACUUUGGAUCGAGGGUCCAGGGACUCUAAGGAGAACAAGGAGCCCUCUCCCAAGGUGAAGCGAAGGCGCAGUGUCAAAAUCAGCAGUGUGGCGCUGGAACCCGCCCAGUGGCAGAACGACGCACUGCAGAUCCUCACCUGCACCAAUGACUACAGAAGCAUGAAUGACUUCCUUAUGAAGAAGAUCAAUGACUUGGAUACGGAGGACAGUAAGAAGGACACCAUGGUGGACGUCGUCUUCAAGAAGGCUCUGAAGGAGUUUCGCCUCAACAUCUUCAACUCCUACUCCACAGCACUGGCGAUGGACGAUGGUAAGAGUAUCCGCUACAAGGACCUCUAUGCUCUGUUUGAGCACAUCCUGGAGAAGACCAUGAGACAGGAGCAGCGGGACUGGAGCGAGUCACCAGUCAAAGUGUGGGUCAACACCUUCAAGGUCUUCCUGGAUGAGUUUAUGACUGAGUACAAGUCCCUGGACAGCACGUUCACCAAGCAAGUACCUAAACCUGAACGAAAGAAGAGGAGGAAAAAAGACACUGAUAUUGUGGAGGAGCACAAUGGUCACAUCUUCAAGUCCACACAGUACAGCAUUCCCACGUAUUGUGAAUACUGCUCCUCGCUCAUCUGGAUGAUGGAUCGCGCCUGUGUCUGCAAAUUGUGCCGGUACGCCUGCCACAAGAAGUGCUGCCAGAAGAUGACCACCAAAUGCAGUAAGAAGUUCGACCCAGAGCUUUCCUCCAGACAGUUUGGAGUGGAGGUUUCUCGGCUGACCAGCGAUGAAAGGACGGUGCCCCUAGUAGUGGAGAAGCUUAUAAACUAUAUCGAGAUGCAUGGCCUCUAUACUGAGGGAAUCUACCGAAAAUCUGGCUCCGCAAAUAAGAUCAAAGAGCUCAAACAGGGCCUUGACACAGAUGUUGACAACAUGAAUCUGGAUGACUACAACAUUCAUGUCAUUGCUAGCGUUUUUAAGCAGUGGCUGAGAGACCUGCCAAAUCCUCUGAUGACAUUUGAGUUGUAUGAAGAGUUUCUGCGUGCCAUGGGUUUGCAGGAUAAAAAGGAAGUGAUCAGAGGAGUGUACUCUGUGAUUGACCAGUUAAGCAAAACUCAUUUAAGCACAUUGGAGCGUCUCAUAUUCCACCUAGUCAGGAUUGCCUUACAAGAGGAGACGAACCGUAUGUCCGCUAACGCCUUGGCCAUAGUAUUUGCCCCCUGCAUCUUGCGCUGUCCUGACACUAUUGAUCCACUGCAGAGCGUUCAGGACAUUGGCAAGACCACCGCGUGUGUAGAGCUUAUCAUUGGUGAACAAAUGAAUAAGUACAGAGCCAGACUUAAGGACAUCAGCAGUCUGGAAUUUGCCGAGAAUAAGGCCAAGUGCCGACUGACCUUCAUUCGAAGAUCAAUGCCAAAUGCAGCUAAAAAGGGCAAAGGCCCUGUGCAACGGCUAAGCUACCACACGCCCUCACCUCCGGUUAGUCCCCGGCUACCAUCAGUGACAGACGCUGUGAUGGAGGAGAGCGGGGGUGAGGAAGGAGCGGGGCUGGAGCCUGAAGUGUCAGAGCAUCAGCAGGCGGUCAUGCAGCAGGAAGAGAGAGUGCUGACAGAGCAGAUUGAAAGUCUGCAGAAAGAAAAAGAGGAGCUGACUUUUGAGAUGCUGACCUUAGAGCCACGAGCAUCAGAUGAUGAGACCCUGGAGUCGGAGGCAUCCAUUGGUACAGCCGACAGCUCUGAAAACCUGAAUGUGGACUCUGAGGGCACCACCUCUGACUUCUCUGAGAGAGGUCCAGCGUUGACUGCCGCCUGGCCUCGGAGAUCUGAGGGUAGGGGCCCCAGACGCCGUGCUCUGCGACGGCAACCUAACUCGCUAGAAUCUGUGGACUCCUGUUCCACUGCCUCCUCCUUCUCCUCCAUAUCACACUUCCAUCCAUCCUCCUCUUCCUCCUCAGCCACGGCCCGGCGCUUUCGAUUCCACUCUAAGUCCUCGUCUUCAGGCUCCGGUUCCACCCAGGCACAGGGCCUGUCACCGCCUCCAGCUCAUCGCUACGACAGCCUAGACGGUAGCCCUACGGCAGACCAGGAAGGUGCAUACGAGGAAAGGCCCCAGUUUACCAGCCGAGGCACCUUCAAUCCGGACAAGGGCAAACAGAAACUUAAGGGGGCCAAACAUUCAACUGUGAGGCACCCCAGAGAAGGUGGUGGCCACAGCAGGGACCCACCAGAUAUAUCUCAACAGCUGGUGUUGUAUGGCAGCAAUGAGUUCAUGGUAUGAAGGACACUGGGACACCAAAGCACUCCCUAUCCAGCUCCCUGGCAGGCACACGUUCUCCUGGGGAGGUACGUGAUGCCGGCCAAUGUCCCCUCCUCAAAGCACUCCUGCUUAGCCUUUCUUUUUUAAAGUCUGCAGAAAAUUGUCCCCAAGUGCCAUGUACAGAGAUCACUCCUCCAGAGAUGGGAGAGGGGAAGAUAUUUGGCAGAGGGACCGGAACCAGUGGAAGGGCUCCCCUUCUGUGGACUUGACUGCCACCCAUGCUCUCACAGUGCCUUGGCAGCUCUUCAUUGAAGCGCCAAGGGGAGACACAUUGAGCAGGAGGACAGAGAAAAGGGAAUGUUGGAAUAUGUGAAAGACCAGUCGGCAUCAGGGAACGUUCCGGAGCCGAAAAAGCAAAAGCAGUGUGCUACAGUGUAUGAGAAGAAAUCAGGCAACGGAGUCACCGAUGGUGCAGUCUCCAUGAACUUAGAGAGCUCUCAAUCAUUAGCUGCUUAAUAAGUUUACAGUUGAUAACAAUCAGUGUAAGCAGUGGUUGCUCUGUUAUUACAAAUUUAUUUUUCCCUUAAGCCUAUUUAAUAAAUUUUAAUGUCACAGAAACUAUAAUUCUAUAUGACUAUAUUAUACAGGUAUAAAUACUGUACAAAGCCGGAACACCAGUAACUGCUGGGUAGUUGAAGUCAAAUAUUUAUCUUUUGUUUGAGUAUCUUGGUAAGAGAUGUAUGGAUCUGGGCGAUGGCUGAGUUAUGUGUGUGUGUGCAUGUGCCGUGCGCUCAUGCGUGACUGUAUGUAUGCGUGAGAAAACCACUUCAUGCGUUUUAAGUUUGUGCUGCUUUUUCCCCGUACAAGGGAAAUACCGCCAUUAAAGGGACCAAGUCAGCUGGUGUGUAUUCCAGCCAAGGGGAUCCCAGCUCUGUAAAGAAUGUUGGAUGUGUAUAAAAUCCCUGCAUUCACUGCUUAACAGCCAUAAAACAAUUGUAAUGUACAGUACAGUUCAAUAUGUACAGUAUAGUGGACAAAAAAUGCCAUUCUUUUCUUGAAACCUAUUGUUACCCCAUUGUCUCCACCCCAUCCCCCUGUCUCUCAGUGUUUGCUCAAUAGCAACCAAACAAGAACAUAAAAUCAUCUCGUCUUUUGUCUUUA